ACAGGAAGUUCGUCACUAAAUUUGACAAUUUUAUUCGUAAAACCGACAGCAAAACUAAGAAUUUACGUCAAGUUGGGAGUAAAAAGUAAGUUCUGAAACUUGGAAGGUCAGUGCGUGAAGUAACCGAGAUAGGAACUAACAUUUGUGCGCAGUUGUCACAUCUUAACGUUCCCCCCCAGCGAGACGGUGGCGUUUUUUGACAGCACACCGGCAGACCUCUGUCACCAUUAUUUUAGACUGAAUGAGUGUUCGGGGUGACGACAGCGCUUCUGCGACGUUAACCGACAGGAUACAUAAAUACAAAGGAGAAAAGUUGCUGUUUAUCCGCUAAAUGGCGGUCAAGACGAAGUUACGUUAGCUGAAGCUACAAGCUAGCACCUCCUCAAGCUAGCCAGUAGGUACGGUUAGCCACUGUUAGCUGGAGUCUGCUCAGCCGGAGCAGAGUGCAAUCACUUCUUAUAUCGGUCGUAGAUUCUGUUUUGACAAUUGAUGUAAAUAGCGCGGCGGUUUUGAGUCAUAUGAUCUAAAGUCGCUAGUGUUUUGUGGCAAAAUGUCCACGACUUCGUUGGAUAAAGAAUUACAAGAGAGGCUGAGAGAGGCAUCUGCGAUCGGGGAUCUGGACGAAGUGCGCUCGUUAGUGGAGAGUGGAGUAAAUGUUAAUUCCCAAAACGAGAUCAAUGGAUGGACAUGCCUGCACUGGGCUUGCAAGAGGAACCAUAAGCAUGUAGUGUCCUAUUUACUCAGUUGUGGGGCAGACAAAGAAGUCCUCACGGCUAAAGAUGAGCUGGCCUCUCAGCUAACAUCCAAACCGGAGAUCAAGCGACUGUUAGGCGUUGAGGUGGAAGACGUGCCUGAACUCAAGGAGCCCGAGUUAGCAAUCAUCCCAAAUUACCUGUCCAAUCCACCCUUCAUGUAUUCCAAGAUGGAUAACAAGUCUGAGAUUAUCCACGGACAGCACAACGGUCAGAACGGCUCUGGUGAUUCUGUUGAAGACGCCCAGACCGACUCUGUCUCCCCCUCUCCAACAGACGGGAUCCAGACGUCACAGAGUCUGGUUUCUGAAAGCUCCUCCCCUGAAAAUCCCGCCGUCAACCACAGUCAAGCUAGUGAAUUCAUUCCGGUGCAUGAGCAAAAUGGUGCGUCAUCCCCUGCGUCCUCGCCUCACAGCCACGCGGUUGUUAACUGCACAGUGCCCAUGGACCUGUCAGUGGAGCCUCACCUGGUUAAUCACGCUGACUAUCCCCACGCCGUCGCACACAACGGAACCAUGUGUUCCUCCCCACUGGCCUCGCCGUGCCCCAAUUUGGCAAGCAGUGGUGGCGGCGGCAGUCAGGUCCAAGCCCAGGUGGCCAGCGCUAACCAGAGCAUAAACCGGCAAGCAUCUGUCCCACAGCAGCUGAGCUACAACCAGGCCAGCGGGCCCAUGCCAGCCUUCCAGCCCUUCUUCUUCACCAGCACUUUCCCUGUUAAUGUUCAAGAGUUGGUACUGAAAGUUCGGAUCCAGAACCCCAACGCCAGAGAGAACGACUUUAUCGAGGUGGAACUGGACCGGCAGGAGCUCACGUACCGCUCCCUGCUCAGAGUCUGCUGUCGGGAGUUAGACAUCAGCGCUGAGCACGUGGAGAAGAUCCGCAAGCUCCCCAACACCAUGUUGAGAAAGGACAAAGACGUGGCUCGGCUGCAGGACUUUCAGGAGCUGGAGAUCGUGCUGGAAAAAGCCGAGAGUUUGUCCCUCUUUCCUUCUGGUGGGAGUCUAACAGACAGACCCUGCUACAACAUGAAGGCCUCCCGGCUCACCUACUAAAGCUGCAACCCCCCCUCCUUCCUGAGGUCCCCCGAUGGGCUUCUGUAGCGACCCACGAGCAACCUUAACUUGCUUAGAGCUUCUUUACCGAUCUGGAUCCGUUUCUCCACUGUAGCCGUCGUCCUCUGGCCCUCCUGCUGCUUUCAUGUACCCAACCAGCUCCAAGCGACUACUGAUGCAUGGCGCCCUCCAUUGUGUGUGAAAGUAUUUGCCCCCCUCCCUCUCUCUUUAUCACUCUCUCUUCCCACUGCACUUUGUGCCAAGGAUCUAGUGGGUCAAUCGAGGUGUUUGGGAGGGUGUUGGCUCGUCUUCCUUACAGGCUGGACUCAACUCUUGCAAUCGCCUUAUAUGGACUUUUUGAACCGUCUGAAGUAAGAAGCAGAGGAUGAUGGGAAGGAUUGGCCAUUCCAGGACUUGGGUUUUAGAACAAACACACUUCAUUCCAUCUAGACACUUUUCUAUGUGCUCUUGCAGAAACCUGUAGUGUCUUUUUUUUGCGGGGAGGAUCUGCUCUUAAGGUGGAAUUUGUCUCUCGGUUGAGAUUUAGGGAUCUGAUCACGCUACUCCCACAUAGAUGGGUACAACUGAGAACAAAUACUGGCCUUCAUUCAGUUUAAAUUGAUACUGUGGGAAGAGUCUCGUUUGUCUUUAGUGAAUCCUUUUGUUUAGAGAUAAAUUAUAAUACCAAGCAGAUCUGUUUAUAUGUUACUACAAAAGUCAGAGUUUGCAGUGUGUUAUGUUAAAUCAGUUGUGAAGUAUUCAAAUAUAUAAAUUUAGAGUUUAUUCAGACUAAUGAAUGGUUCUGGGUCAAACACAGAACAUCAACCAAAAGUUGAGCAAAGCUUUUACAUUUACCCCCCAAAAAUAGAAUCCAUUUUUGUGUGCUUCCCUGUUCAUCAAACGUUUAUGGAAAUCUUUACAUUUCACAAGCAGAUUUAUGGACCUUAGCUUUCUUGGAAAUUACAUGAUCAGAUGCUGGUGAUUUAACACUAACGGCGUGGCGACGGCGGACGCCACGUCCAGCUGAACGAUACUGCUGCUUCCAUAAAUCCAUAAAGCCGAGGCUCCCUUCAUCAGAGGAUGUUGCACACGCCCUACAAUCAGUUACUAACAAGUGUUUCCCGUCUUAUUUGUAUGCGUACUUGUACAUUUUCGUCUUUCUUUUGAGUAUUUUUAACCCGUUAGAUUUAUUAUUUUCACAUCAAAGUUCUUCGGAGCUCCACGGCGAUGAUGGAACGUUUAGAGAUCUUAUCACUGAAGUGCAAUGCCAUGGAAGACGUUCGUUUUCCAGCAUAUCAGGACUACAGAGUGCUUAUUUUCACCCUUUUCCAACCAUAUGAAACACUUGAAAGCUGUGCUGCAUUUGUCGGUCAGGAAUUCCCUUCAAGAAAGUUGGACGAUGUGGAGUCAAAGAAAUAAAAGUCGUACUGUUUCGUGCCCGGCGGGCGGCAACAGUUGCAUGUUUGUAAUUUGUUAGUUUUCUUUUUUUUGUGGGAUUUUUGUGCUUCUGUAAAGAGAUUUGCUAAUUACUGCAGAAAAUGGAGUUGAAAUUAACCUAUGCAUUCAGAGUUUGAUAUUUUUAUAUGAAGCAGGUCCUGUAUACUUGUAGAAAAAAAACAAAACGCUUUUGAAGUUGUGUUGUUUUGGUCAUCAUGAAGACCUUUUAUCUGUAAACUACACUACAUUUUUUUAUUUCUUUAGUUAUAUCUAAACAUCCUAACGUCUACCAAUGUUAAUCAAUUAGAGCUUAAUAAAUAUCUGAACAGUCUGUGAAGGGAAAUGACGUCAGAUUUUCUGCAUCUCUCUGGUGAAAUGAAAUUAGUUUCAUGUUUUAGCCACAAGAGGGAGCCCAAGAGCACAGGUCUACUCCAUAGAAAUACUAUUGAGAAAACAUGGCUUUGGGCUUCUAAAAUCUUUCUUUCUUGGCUCAAAAAUAAUAAUGAUUUAUUUAAGCUUAUUAAUGCUGAUACCUCACUCAACUACUAAGAUAAUACAAAAAAGAUGGUGCUUUAAAUCUUUCUUACAUGUCAAAUAAUGAGUCGUCAUCCUUAUGUGGUCUGACUGCUGGCCACUUUUGAUCUCAAAUUGUUGCAUGAACCGUUUCCUUAUGAAGUUCCGGUAAAAUUGGGUCAAAUUGAAUUGUAUAAGAAUAAGUGGGGGAAUGACAAACGACUACUGUGAAUCUGGACUUCUCAAUGCUCAGAAUUAUUCUAAUAAAGUCAAAUAUACGUA